UCCGUAUAUGUCACAUAUUAAAGCAUAAAUUAUAUUAUUAUUAUUAUUCUAUCAGAUAAUAUCAUAGACUAGUCAAUUGUAUAUAUUAGCUCCUAGUCCGUAGCUAUAUCCUUUAUAUUAGCAAGGCAGUUAGUUUGAGUUUAUCUCUUGUACGUGUAUAAAUGUAUCCCAAGUGUACAUCAUAAUGAUUAAUACAAUCCAACACUUUCAUGGUAUCAAGAGCCAUACUCUUAAGAGCUUAAUUUUUUUUUCUGAUCCUACUCUCAAAAUGACGAUCCCAGCAGCCACUGCUGUUAUCCCCCUCACCGCCUCAGCCAAUUUCCCGAUCAAACUCACGGCAUCUAAUUUCCCCGUAUGGAAAUGCCAAGUUCAUGCCGCCCUUGUUGGCCUUGGACUUGAAGGGUACGUUGACGGUACCAUCACAGCCCCGGAUCAAUUCACCGAUGCUGCCAAAACGCAGUUGAAUCCGUGCUAUAUUACCUGGUAUCGUCAGGAUAAGACUAUCCUCAGCGCUUUACUUGGGAGCUGCUCCGACACCAUUCAGCCGAUCAUCUCCUCUACCACCACAUCACGCAAUGCAUGGGAUAAAUUGGCACUCACCUAUGCCAACACAUCCCGCGGCCGGAUCAUAUUCCUCAAAUCAACACUUGCCAAAACUACCAAGGGUGACAAAUCUGUCAUGGAAUAUCUCACUAUAAUGAACAAAAUAGCGGAUGAUCUGGCGCUUGCUCAAAGUCCUACUUCUGAAGAAGAUCUGAUUGUGUCUAUUUUGAACGGCCUUGGCCCGGACUAUCAUGAUAUCACGUCCGCUAUUCGGGUUCGUGAAACACCGUUACCAUUAAGUCAACUCCAGAGCAUACUGGAGGAGCGUGAACGUGAGCUUCAAAAUGCCCCUGCACCUACUUCAAUCCUCCUGCCAACCGCAAAUGCUACCAUACUAAGUGAUCGCAUGCAUCACUCAUCAUCUUCUGGAGACCGGCGUCCUAACUAUGCGAAUGACCGAAGAGGGUCAGCACCUCGUCGUGGCCGAGGAGAAUACUCACACCACCAAACUCGCCAUUCCUCCUUCUCCAUGGUCUGCCGGUUUUGUGAUAAUGUUGGACAUGAAGUGAAGGACUGCCGCAAACUCCGGCGCUUUCUUCGUGACAACAAUAUCUCCUACACAUCUCAACAAAGCCAUCCGGCGGUCAACCAUGUCACCACUGCCCAAUCACCCCACAAUCAACAAUGGAUGUUUGAUAGCGGUGCUUCCCAUCACGUGGCAUCGGAUGCUAAUCUCCUUCCCACAUACACAGAUUACGGCGGUCCGGAAGAGGUCCGUCUAGGAGAUGGAUCGGGUCACGGGGGCGCCACUUCUACGAGGGGAGAACAUCCAUGAUGUUUAUUAUGUUUCAUCCAAGUCCGUGCCUCAAGUCAAUGUUACUCAUCUUGCGGAUGUCUCCAGUUGGCACCACACUCUGGGGCACCCUUCCAGUCGUGUCUUUCAGUACUUAGUUCAUAAAAAUAAAAAUAUUCCUUGUAAUCCACGGUGUGAGUUUCAUUGUAUGUCAUGUUCCAUCAAUAAAAGUACUAAAUUGCCUUUUUUUGUCAAUACCAUGCGUGCAACUAAUCCCCUUGAAUUGAUUUAUACUGAUGUUUGGAGUACAUCUGAUAAGUCUAUUGAUGGCUACAAUUACUAUGUUAUUUUUGUGGAUUUUUUCACCCGUUAUAUAUGGUUAUAUCCACUUAAGAAAAAAUCUGAAGUGUCUACUAUCUUCCCACAAUUUCACCGCCUUGUUGAAAAAUAUUUCCAUCAUAAAAUUAGAACUAUAUUUUCUGACAAUGGUGGUGAAUAUAUUAAACUCCGUAGCUAUCUCAAUACGCAUGGUAUAUCUCAUCUCACAUCACCCCCUCACACUCCUGAACAUAAUGGUGUGGCGGAGCGUCGUCAUCGUCACAUAGUUGACACGGGUUUGGCCCUGUUACACUAUUCUGGUCUCCCUAUUAAAUAUUGGUCCUAUGCAUUUCAAACAGCGGUAUAUUUAAUCAACCGCCUUCCCACCCCGGUCCUUGACAAUGACACCCCUUAUUUUCGUCUCCACCAACACCCGCCAAAUUAUUCCAAAUUACAACCAUUUGGUUGUCUGUGUUAUCCUUGGCUGAGACCUUAUACUCACACUAAAAUACAACCUCGGUCCACUCCGUGUGUAUUUGUUGGAUACUCCCCGUCUCAGUCUGCGUAUUUUUGCCUCGACUAUGCCACAAACCGUGUAUAUAUUAGUCGACAUGUGAAAUUUGUCCCACACAUUUAUCCCUUACGCCAACAGUCCACAUGCAUGCAUGAAACUAAAUAUCCGCAGCCUGGGAAACAAUUUCAGCCUUCCCCUCCACUAUCUCUACCUAGUUUAAAUUCAAAUAUUUCAACCCCACCUAUCCCCUCUCCUCAAUUUUCGGUCGUCCCUAGUCUAUCUCCCUUA